AUGAUAUUCUCCAUGAUAUAUGCAUCCAGAAGUGAGGAGAAUGAAAGAAUACAGCUACCAAUCGACACAAAUUCUACAUUGGCAUCUAAUAUCAGAAACAUUUGGCAUUUUCCAUCAAAACAAGCCAUAUGCAUCGAAUUGCAAAACAAUACGAGAUGCCGUCGUCCUGCAUUCCUUGGAAGACUAUCUGGUCAAUCAUUAGCCUUGCUGGACUGGAAAAAUCAGAAUGAUGAAAGGUUUGGUCCAUUUAAGCGCUGCGGAUCGUAUGGUGGUCAAUGGCUCUCAAAUGGGACCUAUUUCUUGGAAGUUAUCACAUUAUUCUGCGAGGACUUUGGAAUCAACUCGUUGACGAAAUCUCAGAAUGAAUCUGAAUGGUUAUCAAUCGAUUUCAAACACAAGUGCAUGGAAGAUCCAAACUACAAUCGUGUCACACAUGGUGCCGAUUCGCAUAUUCAGAUACGACAACAAGUAAUACCUCCUUCACAUUAUGUACCCAGGGGUCGCUGGGUAUUGCCAACAGCAGAGUCGCCACCGAAACCUAUACAUUACCGAUACCAACCGAUUGGUUGUCGAGAGAAUCCAAAAACAGCGAGGUGCGAGAAUGCAACGGAUGUGUAUCGUUUGCGUGCCUAUUCCUACGAGUGGGAAGACAACGCAGGUGAAGUCUGGCGUGAACAGGUUCAGAACGUCAAAAGUGGUUCUCGAAGCUUCCCGACAGUUUGCUUCGUUGGAUAUUCACAUAGCCGAAUUACCAAGGAGUCUUUUGUACGACUUGGAUUGCCGAAGCAGUAUGCUAUCCACGUCAAAGUGAAGUGGCCAGAGGACAUUACUGCUGCUCUCUUCAAUCAGUCGUAUGUGGAACAGGGUUGCAAAGUUUACAUUAUUGCGGCUGCACAAUGGCCUGGGAGUAGGAUCGAUCGAUUUCCAUAUCUGUUUGAUCGGUUCUACGCUGUGAUGAAACAGAUAGUAGAGACUGCGACCAGCGUAUUUGCCGGGAGAGACGAUGAUGUCCGAGUCUACAUGAGAUCCAUUCAUGAAAUUCCAUUAGGAGACUUCACUGGCAGCUGCCCUAUAGUAGAUUGGCGAUCCCCAAUUGUAAUGAAUGGAUACAGCUAUUUGGUCGAGAAAGCAGUCCGCGAGGUCCAAGAGAAGAACGAUACCAGCAACAGACUGAUCAGGUAUCUGGACACCAGCUUCCUUGUUUCGCCAAUGUGGGAUAGUGCUACAGAUUGGGUGCACCUGCCUUUCCAGGUAUCCGAUGAAGAAGCACUUUACAUGGCAUCAGUGGUGUCUAAUAAUCUACUAGACUACCGGUAG